UUUGUUUUGAUAUUUCAUUAGCGAAAUUUUGUUCACUAAUUCGAUUUUAUUAAUGUUCUAUUUUUAACACAUUUGUUUUUAAUAUAAUAUUUAUAUACUAAUCAUAGCAGGUUUUUCUAGUAAAUUUGCAAGAAUCUUGAUGUAGUUUAUUCCACAUCUAGCUAGGUAAAACAAUAUGAAAAAAAGAGAAAUUUAAACAUGAUGAGUGAAAUAAAUAAAAUGUAAAAUGUUGCAUGGAUAUUUCGAAGAAGGAAUAAACAGAUGCUUUGUUAUGAUUAAUUUAAUUGGAAGAGGAUGAGCUCUGACCCCCAUCAUCAAAGCCAGGAAUCUGAGUAUUUAAAUGAAAAUCAACCAGGGAUUUCUAAGUCAGGUGUAUUUCAGUGCAUACCAAGGAAGUUUAAACAAUGGUUUCCAUCUUCUUCUAAAGUUGUUUUAUAUUUUACUCAAGGACUAGUAAUUUUAUUACUGUUUGGAACUAUUUACGGCAUGAUAGGAAAAGAUAUCUUUCCAGUUAGUGGAAUUUUUGCAUUAUUUCUUCUGGCAUUAUUAGCUCAUAUAGGUGGCUUGAUUGUUAAGAUUGUUAGGCUGCCUCCUUUAGUUGGAAUGCUAAUUGUUGGUUUCCUCUUCCGUAACUUAUCUUUCAUAACAUUUUAUGACCAUAUAACGGUCAGAUGGGCUGCUUCAUUCAGGGGAUCAGCUUUGGUUGUAAUCUUACUCAAAGCUGGCUUAGGACUUGAUGCAGAUAAAUUAAAAAAAUUAAGCAGAGUAGUUUUUCAACUGUCUUUCACUCCCUGUAUCGUUGAAGCAAUAACUAUUGGUGUUGCUUCACAUUUUUUAUUACAAUUACCAUGGUCUUGGUCUAUAAUGCUUGGAUUUGUUAUAUCUGCUGUAUCGCCAGCUGUCAUUGUUCCUGGUUUAUUGAAUCUUCAAAGUAAAAUGCGUGGUACUAAGAAAGGAAUACCUACACUGGUCAUUGCUGCUGCUUCUAUAGAUGAUAUAUUGGCUAUAACAGGAUUCACUGUGAUGCUUACUAUAGCUCUUACGCAUGAUAAUCUGGUCUCUUCAGUUUUAAAAGGUUUAUUUGAACCAAUUGGUGGACUUAUAUUUGGAUUAGGAUAUGGUAGAUUACUGUGGUGCUUGCCCAGCCUUGAAAGUUCUCCAUUUCAGGUGAUGUACUACCAUAUUUUGCUUCUGUGCUUAGGAGGUUCUACUGUCAUGUUUUUCAGUAAAGAAUUGGGUAUUGCAGGAGCUGGUCCAAUGGGUUGUUUAGUAUUAGCAUUUGUUGCAGCUUUAAAUUGGAAGAAGGAUCCAGAACAUUUUAAUUAUAUAGAAAAAUUGAUUUCUUUGCUCUGGAGCUUGCUUCAACCUUUUUUGUUUAGCCUUAUUGGUGCUGAAGUUUCUGUUGGAGAUUUACAGUCUAAUCUUGGAGCUGCCAUGCUGACUCUUUUUAUUGGUUUAGUAUUCCGUAUAAUGACAGCAGCUUUUGUUACAUUUGGGGGAGGGUUCAAUAUUAAGGAAAAAAUUUUCAUUGCAUUUGCUUGGUUACCAAAAGCAACAGUUCAGGCGGCUAUUGGAUCCCAAGCCUUGGAUUAUGUUGUUACUAAUAAUGGCAGCCCUGAAAUGCUGGAUUAUGCUCAAAAGGUUCUGACAUGUGCUGUACUUUCUAUCAUGAUGACAGCACCGAUUGGAGCUGCUUUCAUUUCUAUUAUGGGCCCUAAAUUGUUGACUAAAGAUAUUCAAACCAGAAGGAAAAGUAAACAAAAAUUAGAAAAUUGUGAUUCAAAUAUCCAAGAUGUCGAAAACUGUAUAAUGGCUAAAAUGUGAGAUGAAGUUUAGUAUGUUAUGAUUUGUAUCAAAUGGAUGUUUUCCUGCUAUAAACUUUUUCUUUAGUUCAGCACAAUUUGAAAAAUUGGCAUCUUUUUUUGCAAAGCUGAACUAUUAUGAAGCUUAGUACCUAGUAACUGGCAUGUUUCAAACUUUAAAGUACUCUUCCAUCAUUUUUAUCAAAAAUAAGCAUUUGCACUGAGCUAUGUUGAAAGUAAUAGAUUUUUUCUAUUAAUAAUAUUGCAAAUAGGUCUUUUACAUAUUGCACUGUUUUAAAAGCUAAACAAAUUUAUUUUAUUUUUUGCUCAUUUUUUAAUGUUCACACAUUGUAAGUUGCUUUCAAUAUAUCUGGAAAUUUUCAAUUUAUAUGGUUGGAUUUAUCAUCUCAUAUUUUAAGUUUAUAUAUAUUUAAGCUUUGUUUAUAUAUAUGCUUAGUUAUAUGUCUGAAAAUGUGCAAAGGAAAUAAUUUUAUCUUUAAAUAUUAUGUAUAUUUUUUCUUCAGGAAUAAGUAUUAUUGCAUUUAAUGAACUAGUAUUUGCAUUGAGAAAUUAUUUUUUUUCGUAAUACUGGUCUAUAUUUUUACAAAUGUGUUGAUUUGUUAUUUUAAAAGUAGUUUUUGAUUUAGUAUUGUUAUUUUGAAUACUGUUUUGACAGUAUGUAAUGUUGAAGUAAUAGUAUUUGGCAAGUAUUAUUUUCCAAACUUGACUGGUCUAUAUUUUCACGACAAUACUGGUCUAAAAAAUAAUCAAAGGAAUUAUGUUUGUUUAUAAAUUGUUUUAUUUGUCCUAAUAUUUUUUUAAAAAUAUUCCAAUGCAUAAUACAUAAUAAUAAUCAUUUCGUUUCGGCACUCUUUGCAAAUGCUAGUAAGUUUUUAAAAUACUGGUAAAAUGUUUUAUCAAUAAUACUAGGUUUAAAAAAGAGAACCAAAUUUGAGUACAUAAUAACAUGAGAAUAUCCGUAAUAAUUAAAAAUGUUAAAUAUAUGCUUUAAAAAACACACACUAUAACAUUUUAUAAAUUAUUCUUACACUAAAAGGACUUAACCAAAUGUUGAAUGAACAUUAUUUGUUAUUACAUUAUUUAUCCUAAUUUUUUUUAAAUAAAUGUUCCAAUACAUAAUAAGUAGAAAAGUAAAUUUAAGCAAUUUUUUUAUGUAUAUAUCAGUAUACAUAUGAAUUUGAACCAAAAAAUUUCAACAAUAAAUAAAAAAAUUUUAAAUCUGAAUAAUUGCAAAAAUAAAUAUUUAUUGUUGACUGCACUUUUUAUAAUAAUAAUGAAAUUUUAUAUUUUAAUAAAAUGUACUUCAAAUUUUAUUAAUUUGUGAUAAAAAUUAGAUUAAUUUUUAAAUCUAGUAGUGUUACAAUUUCUUUUUUAGAAAUAAGUCAUUUUUGUGUGUACAUAUGUAAACAUUGUUAUAUUAAGCAUAAAAUCUACAUAAUGUUAUUUUCAGAUGUAAUAAUAUGGUUAUUUGUGCCAAAGCAUUUGAUCUCAAAAUCAUCUUAUGCCCCACUCGACAAAUAUAAAUAUUUAUUCUUACAUGUAUUUUGUAAACUACCAUGGUGUCAGUAACAUGUCACCGGAAAUGUUAGCAGAUAAAAUGCAUGCUAGACUAAAACUCUUAUAUGCCAAACAUCUUUUUUUAAAUGCUUAUAGAAAUUUAUAAAUGUACCUGCUAUUUAUCUGUCAAAAAAAAUGACAUUAGCAAAAUUAUAGCUUUGUUAAUAACUUUAAUUAAAAGGACUAAGUAUUACUACCUAUGAAAUACUAGGUAGUUUUACAAAGAAGUAUUAAGUCUGAAUAAGCAAUGAUAGACUUGCUUUGCAUUGUUUAUAGGUUGUUUUGGACCAAUUGAUUGAAUAAUGCAGAGCAUAAUUAACAAUGUAAUAUUUAUAUAAAAAAUGCUAAGUAUUGACAAUUAUUAUGAGCGUGCAAAACAAUGUCCAAUUGUGAUUGGAUCAAAGUAUGAAAAAAGACUAGUUAACAUUGUUUAAUAAAUUCCUAUUUUUUAUAAUUAAAUUUAAAAGGCAAUUCUUAUUUUAUAAGGAUUUUUUCUCGCAUCCUUAAGUACAGUUUUUCUGUGCCCCCUCCCCCUUCCAGCAUCUUAGCAAUUUUCAUCAAAAUUUUAGAAAAUGCUCAGCUGUUGUUUUAUAUUAUUUUUGAAUCAAUAUUUAUGUGCCCAGUCAAGCAUGUAGAGGUAAAAAAUUCAUGAUCAAUCAAAUAUUUUACAUGCUCCAGGCAUUAAAACUUUUUAGGCCCCAUUUUACAUAAAUCAUAAUGUAUGUUAUUUAUUUUAUUAGAAAUCAUUUCAAAAAUUAUAUAAAUUUUUAUGUGCGCAAUUUUUUUCUCAUAAAAAGAAACCUGGUAAAUAGUUUUAAAUUUAAAGUAAUAUUCGAUUUAUAAAUUUCCAUAAAAAGAAAAGUUACCAUAAAAGGAAAACAAUGACAAAAUCUCUGCAACUAUAUAUAUUUUUUUCAUUCAAAUAUAUGUAAUAACAACAAAAAUUAGAAAUAGCUUGAAAAAAAAAAGUCUUUAUAGAAAAAAAAGCUUCUCAAAUGUCUAUAUACUCUGGUGUUAUAGACAAUACUGCAAUGAAGGAUCACUUACAUGUAUUUUAAUGUGCCAAUUUUAGCAUUCCUUUCAUGAACUAAGCACUCAGUACAUAUAUAACAUCUGCAGUAGAGCCUCUAUUACCUGACAUGCAUGGAACCAGGACUAAAUCAGAAAUUAAAAAUGGUUGACUAAUUUGGGAUCUUUUUUAAGUCUAAUAAAUAUCCAUUUUUAUGUUGUUGUUUUUUUUCAUAAAUAAUGAUACAAUAACAUGAAAAAAAUUAUUAGCAAUUUUUUUGUUUUCUGUGUCUCAUUCUCUUAAAUACAAAUAUCUGAUCACAACAUAGUUAGUUUAUUGGCAUAAGGUCCAAAAAUGAAACAGUAACUUAGAAUAUCAGCAAUAAUAAUGGGAUGCUUUUAACGUGCAUUGAAAGUCAUAUGAUUGAGCAUUAGCUAAUCAAAGAGUCAGAUUGUCAGGAUUCUGCUGUAUUCUAAUUUAUAUUCCAGUUGUGUCUACCAUAGAUGUUUAAUAUUUGCUUAGCAUUUUUUAUAAAUUGUAUUCCAAAAAAAUAUUUUUUGCUUCAGUGUUACUUUCAGUGCUUAUUUUUGCUAGUUUUUUCAAAAUUGACAAUUUAUUUAAACUUUAUUUAUUUAUUAUUUCUUAAGAUCAGUAAUGUUUUUUAAAAAAAAAAAAUUUAUAUUAGUAUGUUUUAUUGAAGUUGUUCUAUCGUGAAGUUUAGAUCUGAUUUUAUAUAAUAAAUGUUAUAGAAAUCUUUUUAUUACUAUUUUUAUUUUGUUUUUAAAAAUUGUUAUUCAUGAACUUUGCUCAAAGCUGCACUAUAAUACUUUUCUACUUAUAUUUGUGAUAGUCAUUUUAUAAAUCUAUUUUUUUCCAACUUGUUAGCAACUGUUUCAACUGAUAUAUUAUUACACCUUCCUGACUGUGAUGUUUUAUACUUAGUCUUUCACAUAUCUCAUUGAAUAAAGUGUAUUUAAAAUUUA